AUGAGUCCUCUAACUUCUCUGCUUCUCGUCCCGGCCACCGCCUACAUCGUUUAUGCCGUCGUCAAAUUCCUCCACAAAGUGGUAUGGCAACCUCUCCAGACACAGCGGUUCCUCCACUCGCAGGGGCUCAAAGGCCCUCCUUACACUUUCCUCUUAGGCAACGCCAAACAACUUAUCGAGCUCAGAGAGGAAGCGUUGACCAAACCUAUGCCCACUCUUUCCCACGACAUAGCUCACAGGGUCACCCCUCACAUCUCCCUAUGGACCAAGCAAUACGGUAAGAGGCUUCAAAUUUCAAUUCAAGGUGCUUUUGUGGGUUUAUAA